GGUGUUGAUUUUGGGUAACGGUAACGGCCGCCCGGACCGAGGCCCGGGACCGGGCCCAUAUUCCCCGCGCGGUGAAUUCUGGGAGCACACAGUAGUUUCAAGAUGGCGGCGAGCAGGAGGCUGGCCAAGGAACUCGAAGAAAUUCGUAAGUCUGGAAUGAAAAACUUCAGAAACAUUCAAGUUGAAGAGUCGAACCUAUUGUCAUGGCAAGGCCUCAUCGUUCCUGACAACCCUCCUUAUGACAAAGGUGCAUUCAGGAUCGAGAUCAUCUUCCCCACCGAGUACCCCUUCAAGCCCCCCAAGAUCACAUUCAAGACCAAGAUCUACCACCCCAACAUCGACGAGAAGGGCCAGGUCUGCCUGCCCGUGAUCAGCGCAGAGAACUGGAAGCCCGCCACCAAAACCGACCAAGUCAUCCAGUCGCUCAUCGCCCUGGUGAACGACCCGCAGCCGGAGCACCCGCUGAGGGCCGACCUCGCAGAGGAAUACUCAAAGGACCGUAAAAAAUUCUUGAAGAAUGCUGAAGAGUUUACGAAGAAACACGGAGAGAAGCGGCCAAUGGACUGAUCACCUGGCCGGCUCGUAGCCCCUCUCUGCCCCCAAACCAAACCCCCAUCCCCCUUCUCCCCUCUUCUCCUGCUCUCAUCUCACUCCUCCUCCUCCUCCUCCUCACAGCCGUGGAGUCGCCCAGCUGAAUCCGGCCCCCCACCUCUGCCCCCCCAUCCAGGACUUGUGGAUCAGACAGCCCCCCCUCCCCCCCAGCCAUACGUCUCCAAACCAUUUCUAACUUUCUACUCUUUGUUAAAGUGGAAGAAGCAGAAGGGUGGAGUUGUCUGUCCCUCCGUCUCAUCACCUCCUCCGUCACUCAAACCUGA